AUGUCGAGACAUUUGCUUGGCAACCCUCACUGUUGGCCAAUAGGAGCACUCAUAUCCAUGGGAACUUUCAUUUACCUGAUCAUCUCCACGAUCGCUCUUAUUGUGAAAUGCAUACUGUCGCGCGAACGGUACCCGUCUACCGCAACUGUCCGCGAUGUGAACGCAAGUUCAAAUCCUGAGGAUGCCAAUCGGCGCAGCGCUAGAGGCGGUAAACGUCGAGCUCCAGUCGUUUCGGCCAUCCCACUUUCUCGCACUAGCAUGAGCACCGCGCUUGCAGUGAUUAUUUCUGCCGCAUUACUGCACGACCUAGGAGAUACAUGUCAGCAGGGAAACAGCGAUGUUUACGAAAUUGCUACAUGCAUGGAAUGGAAACCGCUUGUACGGAUCAAAGUCCAAUUCAGUCUGCAUGACAUGGCUAUGAGCAGAAGAGUAACACUUCGGCCGUACGUUCGUCAGAAAAUAGGUGACACCUCAUUCACAGUAAUAUCCAUAUCGACGCCGUCAGAUCAGCUGUUGAAAAGCAGAUUCGCAUUAUCUGAACAUGAAGCGUUGAUUGUUCCAGAGGGUGAUAACAUGCCUAUCGAAUGUAGCUCGCCCGACGAAGCUAGGGACCAUAUUUCAAACUGCAAGAACAACGUAUUUGCCACUGCGAUGCAGAUCCAGCCCCUGCACGCUGUUAUUGUCCUCAUGGGGGCAUCACCAGGACAGGUCUGCAACAUCUCUCUAACCGAGAUAACAGGAUGUUAUAGUUGUCAAGAGGGCGCAAACCUAAUCGCAUCAUGUACAACACCUACCCACACAUGGACUAUAAUCCAAUGCGAUACCCAUGUUUUCUCCGUAGAGUGCAGUCCUCUUGGGAAAGAAAACACGAUUACACUAGACUUUCAACGAGCGAUUGUUAAGCAAAAUUGCUUUGCAGAGUGCAACAAUCGUACUAUACAUAUGUCCUUGAAUGGUUCUCUAGUGUACCUUCCACAUAUGAACGAUGAGGAAAUCUUCAUUUCUAACAUCGCAACAUGGAACUCAACCAAGUGGUUUCGAGACUGGCAAGCGAUUGACUUUGGCCCAAUGCUCAGGGUAGUGAAAAACCACUGGAAAGCAUCUCUCGUCAUCCUUGGCACUGUAGCCACCUUUAGUGCGGCGACCUACCUUUUUGGACCUACCAUUGUACUAGCCGUUCUCCAAAUACUCGUGAAAGGCCAUGGUUCCGCCAAGCUUGUUUUUUCUUUUCAUGCUUUUCACUCUGAAAGCUAUCGGAAAGCUAACAAUGAGUUGCAUACUACAACCAGUCGUGGCUCAAUGACGAGGGAAUAG